AUGAGCCCGACCGCUCUUGGUGACCCGUAUGUAGCUCGCUUGCUUCUUGACAAGUCCUCAGCUGGCCUCGCUUCUCUUCCUGAGCUCAAAAAUAGUAGUCACCUCCUCACCCUCUAUCCGCCCAACAAUCGGUCUCCCGCCGAGAGCUCCCCUUCACCUUCACCUUCCCCUUCUUCCAUCACCACCAUCUCCAUCCGCACCUUCGCAGCUGCUCCUUACGCGCAGGCUCAGCGUGUCACCUUCACAAUGGCUUUCCGACAGCGUGUGCUGCCCCUUCUCGGCGCUUCUGCCGUCGGUGUCGGCAUUGGAUACUACGUUUUUGAUCCCCUGCUGCAGCAGUACGCCAAGGACACCAACGGCACCUUUGUAGCCGGUCCUCCUGGCAGCAACACCCUGCCCGACCUCAAGCCCCACGCCGGAGCCACCACCGAUCUCCACGAGCGCCCUCCUCUCGGCUCCGACGCUGCCCGAGGCGUGUCCGGCAUCAUCGCGCGUCCCGGCACCGAUCUCAAGCACAACGAUCCCAACCAGCUCCCCGGCAGCGUCCCGUACGGCACCGUCUCCAAGGAACUCGAGAAUCUCCGCAACAACGUUCGCAACAAGGUCGACCACGCCGAGCAGAAGCUCCACGAUGCCAAGAGCGACGUGAAGAGCACCUGGCGCUCGGCAAAGAACAGCGCCGAGGACGCUGCCGACUCGGCUGCCAACAAGGCUGAGGCCCUGAAGCAGGACGCCAAGUCCAGCUGGCGCUCUACCAAGUCCGCAGCAGAAGACAAGGCCGAUGAGGCCGCAGCCAAAGCCAAGUCCGGAUGGUUCACCGCCAAGGACAAGGCUGACGAGGCCGCCAACGAGGCCAAGAGCGGCUGGUUCUCCACCAAGUCGGCUGCUGAGCAGAAGGCUGACGAGGCCGCCGCAUCCGCUAAGCAAGGCUGGUUCACAGCCAAGGACAAGGCCGAUGAAGCCGCCAACCAGGCCAAGAGUGGUUGGUUCUUCACCAAAUCGGCUGCCGAACAGAAGGCGGACGAGGCCGCCGAGUCGGCCAAGCAGGGCUGGUUCACCGCCAAGGACAAGGCAGCUGAGGCUGGAGAGCACGCCAAGCAGGGCUGGUUCUCGACCAAGUCGACUGCCGAACAAAAGGCGGACGAGGCUGCUGAUUCCGCAAAGCAAAGCUGGAACGCGGCCAAGGACAAGGCGGCCGAAGCCAAAGAGCAGGUCAAGCAGGGCUGGUUCGCUACCAAGGACAAGGCCGAGGAGGUCGGUGAGCACGCCAAGCAGGGAUUCUUCUCCACCAAGUCUGCUGCCGAACAGAAGGCCGAUGAGGCCGCGGCUCAAGCCAAGAGCGGAUGGUUCUCCACCAAAUCGGCCGCCGAGCAGAAGGCUGACGAGGCCGCUGCACACGCCAAGAGCGGAUGGUUCUCCACCAAGUCGGCCGCCGAGCAGAAAGCCGACGAGGCUGCUGCACACGCCAAGUCUGGCUGGUUCGCCGCCAAGGACAAGGCGGCAGAGGCUGGUGAGCAGGCCAAGCAGGGUUGGUUCUCGACCAAGUCUGCUGCCGAGCAGAAGGCAGACGAGGCGGCUGCACAGGCCAAGUCCAGCUGGUUCUCUACCAAAUCGGCUGCCGAGGACAAGUAUGACCACGCAAAGAACGAGGCUCAGAAGGGCUGGUUUGGCCUUAAGGGAAAGGCCGAAGAUGCUGCCGACGAGGCUCGCAGCAAUGUUCACAGCUACCGCGACCAGCUCGAGCACAACGCCCAGCAAAAGAUCCUUGCGGCGCAGUACAACGCCGAGGUGCGUGCCGGUGAGGUCCAGGGCCGUCUUUCGGACGAUGUCAAGCAGCUCAAGGGUGACUACAAGGGGCUCAAGAGCGACAUCAAGCAGACUGGUCAGGAGUGGAAGUCGGACCUGGACGCCAAGGCGCGCGACGCACGCAACCAGGCCGAAAGCAGUUACCAAAACCUGCGCGACCAGUCGCAGCAGGGCUACAAGAACCUCAAGGACGAGGCCAACUCGAGCUUCUACAACCUCAAGGACAAGGCGGACAGCGGCUACGAGUCGCUCAAGUCCAAGACUGCUGACGGCCUCGACUAUGCCGGUGACAAGCUGCACCAAGGCGCCCGUAAGGUCGAGGGCACCCAGAAGCCCGAGUCGACCGGACUGUGGAACUGGAUCUUUGGCAACGCUCGUGCCACUGAGAAGGUGGCCUCCAACCUCGAGUAA